CCUGUCAAGAAACGUAUGAGACUUAACGAACCACCCACCACCGACAAAGCACUAGUUUCCGCAUCAGACAAUACAAAGUACAAGGGAGUUGUUCAGCAUCAGAACGGUCACUGGGGUGCUCAGAUUUACGUAGACCACAAACGGAUAUGGCUCGGGACUUUCAAAUCAGCUGCUGAAGCCGCCAUGUCUUAUGACAGCGCAUCCAUCAAGCUUCGAACUUUCGACGCAAACUCGCAAAGAAACUUCCCAUGGUCUGAUUUAACGGUCCACGAACCGGUGUUUCAAAAAGGCUACACAACAGAAGCCGUGCUGAACAUGAUCAAAGACGGUUCUUACCAACGCGAGUUCAAAGAGUUUCUCAAAAACCGUUCUCAGAUUGUAUCAAAACAGAACCGAAGAGAUGAAGAAUCCAACAAGCAGUUCUCAUGCACGCAGCUUUUUCAGAAGGAACUGACAGCGAGCGAUGUCGGGAAACUCAACAGGCUUGUGAUACCUAAGAAGUAUGCGGUGAAGUAUUUGCCUUUCAUAAGCGAAAGAGAAGAGGGCGAAAUAGUAGAAGAUGUUGAGGUUGUGUUUUAUGACAGAGAGAUGAGACAAUGGAAGUUUAGGUAUUGUUACUGGAGUAGUAGCCAGAGUUUUGUCCUUACCAGAGGAUGGAUCGGUUUCGUUAAGGAGAAGAGACUCAAGGAGAAAGAUGUGAUCACUUUUUACACUUGUGAUGUUCCGACAUUAGAAGGUCAGAGCAAAAAGUUCUUGAUGAUUGAUGUUCAUUACUUUUCAGACAACGACUCAGCGGUCACUGAUGAGGAAGUAAACAAGACAGUUCAUAACAGCUUUGAUGAUGUAAUGAAACCAGAGAUUAACUCGAAGUUAGGAGGUGAAGAAGAAGCCAAACCAGAGGAGAUCAAAGGAGGUUUUAUGUUGUUUGGUGUUAGGAUCCAAUAG